ACUAGAUGUCUUCCGGCGGAGUCUAGAACGUCAUCACUGGCGGCCAUCUUGCCACAGGCAGGCUUUCUGGAAGGAUCUGUGGUACCUGAGGGAGGGUCAGUGAUCUGCUCAAACACUUAUACUCUUAUCUCUCUGAAAUCUUGACGGAUUUACAAAUGGUUUGGUUUCUUACAAACGUUAUUAAUGUGGUUAUAGUUCUGGAUGCUUGAACAUGUUGAAAUCGCAGCUUUUCUCUCCGAAAAACGACUUAAUCGUGCAGCUUAGUUGUGUACCACGGCUAGGCUAGGCUAGUACCGGGUAAUUUUAUAUUUAUAGGAGAGGCAGAAUUGUUCUUUCUUUUCAAUAUAACUUAAGCUGCACAUGAUUUAACUGAGGUUUCACAUGAUUUCAAAUUGGGUUGUUUUUUAAAAAACAUCUUGCAUUAUGAUUUCUACAGGAAAUUGCUGACUUUAUUGCCAGUGGACCCCCCAUCUGUCUUUGACUCAUAUCCCCAGGCCUCAAUUCUGUGUUACAUUUAAGGUCAGGGAUGCAAACUAGUCAGUUUUAACCCCCCCCCCCCAUGGCAAUGAAGUGAAUUGUUUGAAAUGUGGAUUUGUGUCUGCCUUGAGAAGUGCUGCACUGGGAGCAUUCACUAUUUUCAGCCUAUACUAUUUGUUUGCAUCCCUGCUUUCUUGUGUCCUGUUUUGGCAGAAUCAUCAUAGUAAUACAAUAUUUGCUUUUGAAGGUUCCUCUCUGUCCUGGGCUACAUCAUAAACAUUGACACGUUGCUGGCGAUGGUUCCUGUGCUGAUUGAAGGACAGCGAUAUGUCUUGACCUACAGAUUCAGCAAGGACCACUUGGAACUGCUCUUUAACUCCAUCAGAGCAUCCGGUGGCUGGAAUAACAACCCUAAUGCCAGCCAGUUCAAGUAGUUGUUAAACCAUGCCGAGGCAAUGUGACAACGCAGGAUGAGACAGAGUCCCUACCAGCGGUCAUCGACACCUCUACAAGCCUAUCGGCUGUAGAUAUGUCCUUUGCAGCAGGAGGAGAAGAAGAUCUUCCAUCCCCGUUUGCUGACAUUCCUGCCCUAGUACAUGACCACAGCUACCUUCCCAUCCGCUUCGAUGGUCUUGUGGACAACGCUCUUGUGUACAUUUCCGGACUUGGUGUGCGAAGGGCUCUGAAGAAGCUGUCCUGUGAUGUCUGCCGUGCCAGCCUGGUGACAGAGGCUGCAUCUGCCAUCAAGGACCAGAGCUACCACCUGUUGUCUCUAAGAAACAAUGGAGGCCUGGUGAUUCCAUCAGAGGGCACAGUGAAGGUCGUCAGGGCAGCAGAGUGGGUCAUUCGCCAGGCGUCAUCGAGUUUCGGACGAUCACGGCCCAUCAAACUGCUGGAGGUCAUGUACAUUGUACGGAAGAGGAUCGGGUCAGAGGAUGUGUUUGUGCUUGGGGAGCACAUCGUCGACACGCAGUAUGGCAUAGACAGCCACCACCAAACGCUGCUGACAUUAGUUGUGUCAGUGUUUUUUAAAAUAAGGCUACACCACAUCGCUAAAAUUACUACACUGAACUUACAGAGCAACAACAUGCGACAGCAGCUGAAUAAAACAGUCCUUUUCAAAGGGCAUUAGCCAAAUGUUACCACGGUUUUACCACGUCUCAGUCAGACAGGAAAUAGAAAAAAUAAUGUUCACAAACUUGAUGCGACUCACCUAAGAAUCACCAUUAUCAUAUCAUAUCAGCGUUUUAGGCAUAUAUCACCAGCCUCUUCAGAGGUUAGUAAAUAUUAUAGAUUUUCAAUUGAUUUCACUGUUUUUUUUGUAAUUUGUUAUGUCGGUCCUCCAUCUGUAUACCUCCGAAGUAGUCUAGUUCUCUCUAGAGGGUGGGAAUUUUCAACAUGCAGCAUUUCUUUAUGUAUAUUUGUAAAUGGAAAUCUUACACCUUUUUUUUACUGCAAAUAAAUGUCACUUUUAUAAAAAGAAUGUUACUAAUAUAAUACAAUAAUUUGAAUUAUUACUUGUUUAAACUAAACAUGUGAUAAUUCAAAUUAUUGUAUUAUAUUAGUAAUAUUGCUAUUAUAAACGUAUACAUAUAUCUCAUGUUGCCAUUGUGUAUGUUGAGUUUAAGUAGCCUAUAUAUUGAUUUAACAUAAAAACCUUGUGCAUGUGUGUA